AUGUACAAUUUGAAAUUUCUUUCUAUUCUACUCGCGUCUCUGGUGCCUGUAGUUUCAGCAGUAGCAAGAACUUCGGCUCCAGCAGGAUGUCUGAUUGUAGGAUCAGGUGGUUAUGCAACAAUCAAUGCUGCCCUGACAGCGCUAGGUUCCGGCACCGCUACAGCGUGUAUCUUCAUCAAACCCGGAACAUAUAACGAGCAACUAUAUAUCCAGUAUAAGGGUCCGCUGACUCUUUAUGGAUAUACGACCGAUACUGGUUAUUACCAAAAUAACCAAGUAUUUGUCACUAAUACCUUGAGCUCACCGGCCGCUGGUGGGCUAGACGCGAGCUCUACGUUGAAGGUUACUUCUAAUGAUUUUAAGGCUUAUAAUAUUGAUUUCACCAAUGGGUAUGGAUAUGGAGCGCAGGCUGUGGCUGUGACUGCUACUGGUUUGAGACAGGGGUUUUAUGCGUGUUCUUUUGUGGGGUAUCAAGAUACUUUGUAUGCGAAGGCUGGGGUGCAAUAUUAUUCUAAUUGUAGGAUUGAAGGUGCGGUCGAUUAUGUCUUUGGAGAUGCUUCCGCGUGGUUUGGAGAAUGUACGCUUGUUCAAGCGGGAGGUGGUGCUAUUACCGCUAGCUCCCGAGAAACUUCCUCCGAUCCGGCAUGGUAUGCCUUCGAUCAUUGCAAAAUCGUUGGUAAGAGUGGAGUUACUUUGACCAAUAACGGUUACUUGGGUCGACCUUGGAGGGUUCUUGCUAGAGUUAUCUUUCAGUAUUCUACUCUUCCUGGGUUCAUUAAUCCGGCUGGAUGGACUACACUUGCUGCGGGUGCUACGCCAUUAUUUUAUGAGUAUGGAAAUACUGGAGCCGGCGCUGGAACAUCAAGUCGCCAGUAUUUAUCUUCAAUCGCCGCAGCAGUGACUAAGACGACGGUUUUGGGAUCUGACUGGAAGAGUUGGACAGAUAACACUUACUAG